GGGAAGUAGCAGCCUGUAAUGAAAGGACCAAGGCAGUGACAUCUCUGGCCCAUCCCCUGUUUGGAUAUCAGCCAGCAUGUCAAUGCCUUAAAUCAAGAAAUAGUUUCCUAAGAUCUACAAAGAUACUCGCAGGAACACCUCAGCAACAACUUUAUUUGUGUGUCCCGCCUCCAUCUCUCACUCCUUCCUUCCUGGCCUGAGAUGGAGGGAUGGAGAAUGACCUCCACAAGAGGAAACGAAAUUUGGGACAGAUGAGAGGAAAUGUGAUUUUUGGCUGAGAAUUUCGGAGUAGAGCCUGUGGAGGGAUUUCCUUCCCUUGAAAGAAAGGAGAGGAAGGAAAAGCAUCUUGGAUACUGUUGGGUUCUUCACCAGAGUGGUUCCAACAUGGAGAGACCCAACUCACGUGGGCCUGAAGCAGGACCUGGGGGCAGUGGGGAAUCCUGGGAAAGAACCAGACAUGAGUCCCUGAGUGUGGACCUUGACAGCUCGGACACACAGCGCCAGCGCUUCAGGCAAUCCUCCUACCAAGAGGGUGAAGGACCCAGAGGGGUUUGCAGUCGUCUCCACGAUCUGUGCCGCCAGUGGCUGAAGCCAGAGCAGCACACCAAGGCCGAGUUGCUGGACCUGGUGACCCUGGAGCAGUUCCUGAGCAUCCUGCCCCCAGAGAUGGGGAGCUGGGUCCGAGAGUGUGGGGCAGAGACCUGUUCCCAGGCGGUGGCCCUGGCGGAAGGCUUCCUCCUGAGUCGGGCCGAGGACAAGGAGCAGGAAGGACAGGCCCAUAAUAACUCCAUGGAAGUCCCUGCACCAGAGGAAUCUCCACCAGACACCACCCAGAGUCUCAGGCAGAAGGAGCUGAAGCGGGAAGGAGACGGGGCUGCCGCCUUGCCGGGACUGCAGUUGUCACCUCUGAGGCCUGUUUCUGUGACCAGCUUUCCACCCCUUGCUCUCUCUCCAGGGUCUGGAAUGAUGCUGUGGCCGAAUCCUCAGCCGUUUCUCCCCCUUUGCGAUGGAGUGGGACUGAGUCAGACAAGAUUUAAGGCGUUUCCUUAGAAGUGAAAUACUGAAGGCACAAUUACAAGGAGGGGAAAAAAUGAAGAGAAAACUAAAGAAACCAGAAUGGAUGUUCAAAGAACUUUCAACGGAGCUAAGAUUUAAAAGGGACAUGUACAUGAAAUGGAAAGGGGAGGAUCACCAAAGAAUGUAAACGACUAAACAGCAUAAGCAUAAGUAGCAGAUCAUGAAGAAGGCCAUCUGGAAUCACUUAGAAAAAAUGCUGUAAUCACUGAAGGGCAAGAUGGGUUUCUCCAAAACAAGUCAUGCCAGACUAAUCUGUUUUUCAGUAGAGUUCCAAGCUUGGUAGAUGAAGGAAAUGCAGUGGGUGUAGCACAUCUUGCUUUCAGUAAGACCUUUGGAAAGGCCUCUCCUGGUUUUAUAAACAACUAGUAAAAAGUGGGCUGGAUAAUA